ACGUGUGACGUUGUUGAUACAUUCUGAAUCGAUCGUCAGCUGCAGGGUCAGUCAGCAGACAUGGGAGAGGCACAGACGCCGUCUUUUGAACGUUACAGGAAAACGGAGGUUUUCCGCAAGCCUACUGCUGAAAAUGUACGAGAAUGUGAGCUGUGCUUCCGCGCUUUUGACAAGGAUGGGGAUGGUUUCUUGAAUGACCAGGAGUUUCAUGCCUUAUGUGGAGAACUGUUGUCCAACAGCAAGAAGACCUACAAUCUUACCACUGAACAGACAGACAGCAUAUUCAGACUCCUGGACACAAACAAGGAUGGAAAACUUGACUUCAGUGAGUUUAAGACAGCGUGGUUUUACUGGCUUAGACAGGUUCUAGAUUGCAAAUCUGCCCUGAUAGUGGUGGACAUGCAGAACGACUUUAUCGAUGGUUCGUUGGCCGUGCGCCACUGCCCGGCUCACGAGGACGGCACCGACAUCAUCCCCACCAUCAACCACCUGCUGGACGCCGUGUCGUUUGACGCCGUCGUUUAUACAGCAGACUGGCACCCGGCCAAUCACUGCUCUUUUGUGGACAACGUAAAACUCAGGGAGAUACAUGACACUAGUAAAAUUAAAGCUGACUCUGCCCAAGUCAUGGACACGGUGGUUUUUGCUAGUCCAGAAAAGUUUGAACAGAAGCUGUGGCCUACUCACUGUGUACAGGAUAGCAAGGGAGCAGAGCUGCAUCCAGAUCUAAAGGUAGUAGAUGACCACAUCCUUAUAAGGAAAGGGCUGGACCCAGAUGUGGACAGUUACUCGGCAUUCUGGGACAACAUGAAGAAGAGCGCCACACCUCUGGUGUCAGAGUUAGCGAAACGGCACAUCACGGACGUCUACAUCUGCGGUAUCGCCACGGAUGUCUGCGUAGAGUUUACCUCAUUGGAUGCAAUCGAACACGGGUUUAGGACUGUUCUUAUUGAAGACGCGUGUUGUGGGGUGUCAGAAGAAGGGAUUCAGGGAACCAAGACGAAGUUGAAGAAAGCUGGAGCUGUACUCGUGCAGUCUGCUGAGGUACCAGACCUGGUGGACUGUCAGGACAGGCCGCCCCAACUGGCGUACCAAGCAGCUGUCAAUGUUGCCAUGGCAACAAAGGCUGCCAGCUCCAUGGACAACGUUCACAACAACAUGACAUGACAGUUCUCUGCAACCUAGGUAGAGAAUGUGCAAGUAUUAACGGUACUAAUUCUUAAGAAAAGUAUAAAGAAGAAUUCAAAUCCAUGCCUUUCCAUUUUUAAUGUAUGAUUAUGAUUCUUUUUACAAGUAGUGAUGUAUGUAACAUGUACAACUGUAGCCAGUAUAAAUGAAUUUGAAGGUGCUGUAAUGAUUAUGAUACAAAUGACCUGUAGGUUUUAUCAGAACCUUGAUUCAAAUAAGA